CUUCCACCGCUGGAAUGCAUGAUCCGCUGUCGAAGCGUCUCAGCUGCUGCUGCGUCGAGUGCGGCACCGUCGUGAGCAGCACGUAUCGCGACUACGGCAAAGGGAACAUUCGUUUAAAGAUCUGCCGCAACUGCAACCUCACGGUGGACAAGUACGUCGAGUUUGAAGCGAUCUUGAUCAUGAUCGACCUCAUGCUCGGCAAGCAACAAGCCUACAGGCACUUACUGCACAACCGCCGACCCCUCCUUCUCACCCAGCAAGUGAUGAAAAUCUUUGCUGUGAUGGUCAUGCUUGACUGGAACAUCAAGGCGUCCUUGGCCGAACGAGAUGUCGGCGUGUACUUUCGCCCCAACUCAAUGUAUAAGACCACGGCGACGUACUCCAUAUUUCAAAUCAGCCAGCUCGGAUUGCACUACUUUGUGCUGGCAGUCGUCGAGAACUUCGUCUACAUGCUCACAUUGUGGUUGUGUGUGCGCCUUCAUCCUCGGUGGCGCCACGCCACCACCGCGAAAGACGUUCAGUUCAUCGGCGCGCUAUGCAUGUCGAGUUUUGGAAAGCUUUUCGCGUGGCUGACGUUCAUUUGGGAGUACAAUUGGACCGUCGUCCACGUCAUCGGCGGAAUUGUGGUGUGUUCCAACUAUCUCGUGCUAAAAAUCUACGUGAACGACGACACGUUCGACGUAUUUAUGGCUGUAGCGGUGGCCGUCGGAAUCCGUGCUCUCACGCAGUUGGUCUUGUUCGCCCUGGGCAAUCCCGUCAUUUUCUUCACGUUCAUUUAACUCGAAUACAAGGUGGCAAACCAUACGGUUGA